AUGUCUGAAGUUUUGAAAGAGUUAUUUUCCGUUUCUGUUGUGUGUCGCUUUAUUUGGAACGAAUGUUUCUUUGUUCUUCGAGCAGAGAGGAAACGAGGCCGACAGACGUACACGAGGUACCAGACCCUGGAGCUGGAGAAGGAGUUCCACUUCAACCGCUACCUCACCAGGAGACGGAGAAUCGAGAUAGCGCACGCUCUCUGUCUCACCGAGCGCCAGAUCAAGAUGUUCCAGAACAGGCGAAUGAAGUGGAAGAAGGAGAACAAAACAAAGGGUGGUGACGGAUCGAACGGGGAUGGAAGUGACAUUACCCCCCAGACAUCCCCUCAAUAGAUCCCCCCUCGUUCACCCCACGAUUAUUUUUAAAAUCCAAACCUCUGGUGAAAAUCUAAGUCAUAGUUUGAGUGUACCAUUGGUGUAUUCAAUUACAGUACUAGGUUAAGUCAUAUGAGUAAAUAAUAUUAUAUAUUAUAAAAAAUUGAAA